AAAAAUGAUCCCCCGUUUCAACUCAGACUUCCUCCAAAGGCAGCUAGACCUGAAAAAGAAGUUGACCCAGAAUAUGAAGAGAAGAUGAAAGCAGAUCGAGCAAAAAGGUUUGAAUUCCUCUUGAAGCAGACAGAACUUUUUGCACAUUUUAUUCAGCCUGCAGCACAAAAAUCGCCAACAUCUCCAUUGAAAGUCAAGCUGGGACGGCCACGGAUGAAGAAAGAUGAAAAACAGAGUUUGAUUUCAGCUGGGGAUUAUCGUCACAGGCGCACAGAACAAGAGGAAGAUGAAGAGCUGUUGUCAGAGAGUCGAAAAACAUCUAAUGUGUGUAUUCGAUUUGAAGAGUCUCCUUCAUAUGUGAAAGGAGGAACACUAAGAGAUUAUCAGGUUAGAGGUUUGAACUGGAUGAUCUCAUUGUAUGAAAAUGGUGUUAAUGGCAUUCUGGCAGAUGAAAUGGGUCUUGGUAAGACUCUGCAAACAAUAGCGUUACUAGGCUAUCUGAAGCAUUACCGAAACAUUCCUGGACCGCACAUGGUCCUGGUUCCAAAAUCAACUUUGCACAAUUGGAUGAAUGAAUUCAAACGCUGGGUUCCAUCGUUACGUGCUGUUUGCCUUAUUGGAGAUAAAGACGCCAGAGCUGCUUUUAUCCGUGAUGUUAUGAUGCCUGGUGAAUGGGAUGUUUGUGUUACAUCAUAUGAAAUGGUAAUUAAAGAGAAAUCAGUCUUCAAAAAAUUUAACUGGAGGUACCUGGUAAUUGAUGAAGCCCACAGAAUAAAGAAUGAGAAGUCUAAGCUGUCGGAGAUUGUACGUGAAUUCAAGACAACAAAUCGAUUGCUGCUUACGGGAACUCCUUUACAGAAUAACCUCCAUGAGCUGUGGGCAUUACUCAAUUUUCUUUUACCUGAUGUCUUCAAUUCUGCAGAUGAUUUUGACUCAUGGUUUGACACUAAAAAUUGUCUCGGUGAUCAGAAACUUGUAGAAAGACUUCAUGCUGUUUUGAAGCCAUUUUUAUUACGUCGCAUAAAAGCUGAAGUAGAAAAGAGCUUGCCUCCAAAGAAGGAAGUAAAAAUUUAUCUUGGGCUCAGCAAAAUGCAGAGGGAAUGGUAUACGAGGAUCCUGAUGAAAGAUAUAGAUAUCCUGAAUUCAGCUGGGAAAAUGGAUAAGAUGCGUCUGCUGAAUAUUCUGAUGCAGCUGCGGAAAUGCUGUAACCAUCCUUACCUAUUUGAUGGUGCUGAGCCAGGCCCUCCUUAUACCACUGACACUCAUCUCAUCACUAACAGUGGUAAAAUGUUAGUUCUGGAUAAACUGCUAGCAAAGCUCAGAGAGCAAGGUUCCAGAGUUCUCCUUUUUAGUCAGAUGACUCGCUUACUGGAUAUUUUGGAAGAUUAUUGCAUGUGGCGUGGAUAUGAGUACUGCCGACUUGAUGGACAGACACCACAUGAAGAAAGAGAGGAAGCAAUAGACACAUUUAAUGCUCCCAACAGCAGUAAAUUCAUUUUCAUGCUUAGUACCAGAGCUGGAGGUCUUGGAAUUAAUUUGGCAACUGCUGAUGUGGUUAUUCUCUAUGAUUCAGAUUGGAAUCCUCAAGUAGAUCUGCAAGCCAUGGAUCGUGCGCAUCGUAUUGGUCAAAAGAAACCAGUACGGGUGUUUCGACUAAUCACUGAUAAUACUGUUGAAGAGAGGAUUGUAGAAAGAGCUGAAAUAAAACUGAGGCUGGACUCUAUAGUUAUACAACAAGGAAGGCUCAUAGACCAACAGUCUAACAAACUGGCAAAAGAUGAAAUGCUGCAGAUGAUCCGGCAUGGAGCCACACAUGUUUUUGCUUCCAAAGAUAGUGAGCUGACAGAGGAAGAUAUAACCACUAUUUUAGAAAGAGGUGAAAAGAAGACAGCGGAAAUGAAUGAACGGUUGCAGAAGAUGGGGGAGAGCUCCCUACGAAACUUCACUAUGGACACAGAGAUGAGCUUAUACAACUUUGAAGGUGAAGAUUAUAGGGAAAAACAAAAGCUGAGCAUGAUGGAAUGGAUAGAGCCUCCAAAACGAGAACGCAAAGCUAAUUACGCAGUCGAUGCUUAUUUCAGAGAAGCCCUACGUGUUAGUGAACCAAAAGUCCCAAAAGCUCCGCGACCUCCAAAACAACCAAAUAUUCAGGAUUUCCAGUUUUUCCCACCACGGUUAUUUGAACUUCUGGAAAAAGAAAUUCUGUAUUAUCGUAAGACUAUAGGAUAUAAGGUGCCCAGGAACCCUGAUCUCCCAAAUGCAGCUCAGGUACAAAAAGAGGAACAAAAGAAGAUAGAUGAGUCUAUGCCUCUGAAUACGGAGGAAACUGAAGAGAAAGAAAAGCUUCUAACACAGGGUUUUACAAACUGGAAUAAAAGAGAUUUUAACCAGUUUAUUAAAGCUAAUGAGAAAUAUGGUCGUGAUGAUAUAGACAAUAUUGCCCGUGAGGUGGAGGGAAAGUCUCCUGAGGAGGUCAUUGAGUAUUCAGCUGUUUUCUGGGAACGUUGUAAUGAACUACAGGACAUUGAGAGGAUCAUGGCUCAAAUUGAACGAGGAGAGGCAAGAAUUCAACGGAGGAUCAGUAUCAAGAAAGCCCUCGAUGCCAAAAUUGCAAGGUAUAAAGCACCUUUUCAUCAGUUGCGUAUUCAGUAUGGAACAAACAAAGGGAAAAAUUACACAGAAGAGGAAGACAGAUUUUUGAUAUGCAUGUUACACAAGAUGGGCUUUGACAAAGAAAAUGUGUAUGAGGAACUAAGGCAGUGUGUGCGCAAUGCUCCUCAGUUCAGAUUUGACUGGUUUAUCAAAUCUAGAACUGCAAUGGAGUUUCAGAGACGCUGCAAUACUCUGAUAUCAUUAAUAGAAAAAGAAAAUAUGGAAAUUGAGGAAAAAGAAAGAGCUGAAAAGAAGAAAAGAGGAGCAAAAGUUACAGCAUCACAGAAGAGAAAAGCAGAUUUGGCUACUGAGAACUCUGGAAAAAAAGAUGCAAAGAAAGUGAAGUCAUAAACCUGCAAACUGAAUGCUAAAUGUAGAACUGCCACUUUCUUCUCUCCAUCUACAAGUAUUAAUUGCCAACUUCUUUGUAUUCAUGGUACUCUUAUCCCCCAAAUCCUAUGGUUUAAUUUUGCAAAUUUUGUAUACUUUACAAUGUGUUUCUUUAUCUAAAAUGUGUAGCUUUAUAUCUUAUGCAUUCCAGUAUUUCUGUGUACUGUAUUUUGUGAGUUUCAUGUAUUUGACAAAAUUCACUCAGUCCUUGUUUUUUUGAAGCUUGUGCUGAGGUUUUAGCUUUUAUAUGUUUUAUAUGCUGCUGCUGCUUUGAAAGAAAACCUAGAUUCUAUAGCUGUAUUAUUGUUGUUUCAUAUUUUAAAUUUAUAUGGCUGUUGGAAAAUAAACUGACUUACUUAUUUGAA